AUGGAUGUGAAGAAGGUGCUCAAAGUUAGUAACGAAACGCCCAAAUUAUCAGUAUCAGAGAAGAAAGAUGCAAUAACCAAUGCGGAUGAUUCAGACGAAGAUGUUAGUGAGGAAGACGGCUUCUCGGAUCAGGCAAUCGUCAAAAAUAAAGUUAAAGGUGAAAAUGGUAAAUCUCAGAAAAGAACAAGUGACGAUGACAAAGAUAAACAAAAAACACAACAAACACCCGCAGCAAAAAAACAAAAGACUGAAAAUGGGCCAAUCGAAACUAAGAGCGUAGAUGUGUCAUCAAAGGCACAAAAAAAGAAGAAAAAUAAAAAGAAAAAACUCUUAGACAGUAAAGCCGAAACUUUAGCAAAAGGACCUGAAAAGCCGAAAACCGAAGGCGACAAUAAAAAUGCAGAGUCAAAAGAUAAAGACUUAAAGUUAGACUCUGAUUCCAUGGAGAAGGGUGUUCAAAUCGAAGAUCUCACAUCAGGUAUUGGAAAGAUUGCAAAACCCGGCAAGAAGGUAAUGAGCGUUAUUUUUGAUAAAAAUGUCAGCGGAACACCAUUCCACUUCACUUUGGGUAAAGGUGAAGUCAUUAAAGGUUGGGAGAUUGGAAUUUCUGGUAUGCGAAUUGGUGGCGAACGAAAAUUAACAAUUCCACCGCAACAAGCUUAUGGCAGUGCUGGAAGCCCACCAGGUUAG